CCUACACACUCAAUUCUCCACAAUUAACAUAGUUAGGGGCAAAAUCAAACCUGGAGACUCAAGUAGAGGUGUAGGGAAUGAUGAGGGGAAGACAAUGGAAGUGACGAAACGCCGAAAAACUGGCCGGAAAUGCUCGUCGGAGUCUCGCCGGAGUCUCGCCGGUAAUCGCCUCCGGCGACGAAAACGUUGCCCAAACUCGCUCAAAAUCGAGGGAUAGGCCGCUUUGGGUGUAGAAAGAGUGGGUUUGUAGUUGGUUUGGUGAAAAAAAUUACCCAAAGUGGCCGAAAAAAUCGAAAAAAUGUGGGUUUUGCGCGGUUUUCUGGCGAGGGCAGAGGAUUCCGGCGAGUGGUUUUUGUUUGCUGACCACAAUGGCCGUGCAGGCCAUAUAAAUAGGCCGUGCCUCGGCUGCACGGGCAGGGGCGCACGGCCGUGCAAUGCUGGUUUUGGCCCGUGCAGCCGACACGGCCUGGCCGAGGAGAGGCGCACGACCGUGCCGCUGGCACAUAUGGCCGUGCCAUCCUUACCGAGAGCUCGCACGGCCAAGGGGGGAUACCCGCACGGCCAUGCGAGGCAUCAUGGUGCCCGUGCAAGACGCACGGUCAGGCCAGGACGAGCGCACGGCCGUGCAAUAAGCGCUUUUGGCCGUGCGCUUUUGGCCGAGAGCUCGCACGGCCAAGGGGGGUUCCCGCACGGCCGUGCAAGUUGUGGUCCUGGCCGUGCGACUUGUUGGAGUCCCGAAAUCAACCUGUUUUCGCUCAAAAACGACACGUAACUCUGGAUCAACGUCUCAAGACUCAAAAACACACAUAAUUAAAGGAAAAAGAGUAAGAAAAUGCAAACCUCGGU